AUGUUGCCCUGCUCAAACUCGGAUAAUGAUGGAUGUUCUCCAGGCGAAAGACUACGGAAGGAUCGUUUAGUGGGAAUAUCGUUGGAAGCAAACAUAUUAGAACCCUAUCAACGGCGGAGAUCAGAACCGUUCGCGCUGGAUGCGACCAGAAACCAACGUAGUGCGCACGAUGGCCCAAAGAGGGCUGCAAGUCUAAUCGUCGAGGUUUUUCAAAUUGGCAAUCAGGCGAUUUCCCCUUCGAUUCAUUUAGACGAUGGGAACUCCGAUAGCAAGCUACCCGUUCCAACAUAUAAGCCACCCUCGAAACAUCCUCCAGAGCGUGAAGUGAUCCCACCUGCGCUGAUACCCGAAGUGCUGUCCAUGUCGGGGAUUGAAACCCAAGAAGACCCGCCAAAUGCGUCAAUUUUAAUACGCUCAACGAAAUCGGAUAAUUGCAUAGCGCACAACAGCCAGUUCCAAAGCAGCUUGGAACAGCGUUCAGGGAGUCUUGAUGAAUCAGACCAUCGACAGCAACCACUGUUGGAAGACCAAGAAAUACCAACUGCCAAAACACCUCGGGGGCUGAAAGAUGCAGUGAUAUCCAACUAUGGGUCAUCUCACGUCGAGCAAAUCUCAAGUAUCCUCAUGAAGAAGGAUAGCAUCAGCAAUCACGAUUUUCAAACGCAAGCGUCAAAUUCGCGCCUAGGCUCCCAAACAUACACGAACCAAAUGACAGCAGCAUCUUUUGACAAGGUAUGGCGACAAGUUCAAAGGCAGCGCGUGAACAACUGGACAUUGCGAGACGCAAUUCAUAGAAUACGGAUUAGGUUACGAGAUCUGCAGCUGGCCAAGUCAAAGGCAGAUGAUUCCCUUUUUCAACAUAUGACUAAAAGAGAGCUCCUCGGGCAAAAUAUUGAAGAAAAGCGGCUUCUUUACGGCGAGAGGUCAACAAGAGCUCUGAUGCAAGCUUGCCAACUGAUAAGGGAUCAAUAUGGCCCUCUAGAAGACGACUGCAAUCGGCUUGAAGACAAACUAAGUGCCGAUGAAUUUAAGCAGAAUCAGCUGGAGGAAGAGUUAUACAAACACCUCAAGGAACCUCCCAGUCCCAAUUCUGAAAGUGGAACCAUGACUCAAAUCGAUUCCACUGCGACUGCAUCCACGCCGAGUCCCAUGAUACAUGAUCUAGUGGAAGCAUCCGAACUGCAUCCACUAGUGCGUGCCUUUCUAUCCAAACUUGGUGAUCUAUAUCUUUUAAUGGAAGAGUGCGAUAACCUUGUUGACGACAAAGAAACGCUGGUCGAGGAAAGGUCAAAAAGAUCUCAAGUCGGUCUGCAACUGAGUGUCGAGGACCAGAAUUUCCUGAUCAAUUUCGAGUCCACGGAGUCCGAGCUGACAAAAGAGAUCACCGAAACACAAAAUGAAGUGAACAAGAUGAGAAAAGAUUGCAUUGAACGGGGACUGGUUGACGAGAACGAUGAGCCAACCGAUCUUGUCACUCAGGAAAGGCUCAGCUUUAGAGAGGAAAAUCUGAACGCACAAGAGAACACUUCAGAGUACGUCAAAUACCCGCUGUUGCUCCCACGUCCAGGAAUAAGAGAUGCCGUAGGUAAAGACGAGGUUGAGAAAGCCUUCCAUGUGAAACCACACGAUACAACGAAUUGCAUCAAUAGGUGGCUCUUAGAGAAUAUGCUUGGUUCACCUUUGGAGGUAAGACUUCUUGCUAGCACCUUCGAACAAUUUGAAGGGGGGAAGAUCAGUGAAAGAUGGCAGUAUCUGGUUCUUGAUUGUUGGACUCGAGAUGUUCCAAAUUUGCGGAGGCCCAAUGUUUACUCUUCGAGUCUCACUACGCGUGCUAGUCCCAGGUCUAACCGAUCUUCCUUAUACCAUUUUUGAUCUGGGUUUGGCUUUUGGCUUGAGGUAUCGGCGAGCAAGAGACGACUCGAUAUCAUCAGGACUGAAAGUGGCUCAGCAUCUCCUUAUCCUCUUCUUGGGACCACUCAAAUCCUUCCUUAGAAUAUCCUCCCAUAUACAUGAUUUGUGUCCACACCAAACCUCUCGUGGAGUUGAGUAUUUCAUGACAGAAGAUAGGUGUGAUUGGGUAGGAUAUCUAGGUCAACUGGUCAGUAUUUUGUCACAGAGCUAG